UUGUCAGGUUUCCCCUCGUCGAGCCUUUAUUAGCUGAUUUCCUCCUCCGACCUGCUCUCUUGGACCUGGGCGCCGGUGAGAAGCUCCAACAUGAAGCUGUCAGUGGCCAUUCUCGCUGUUAUUGCAUCGAUAUCUGUCACCGUUGAUGCCACCGUGCACUUCAAGGAACAGUUUCUAGACGGAGAUGGAUGGACGAGCCGGUGGACCGAGUCCAAGCACAAGACCGACUACGGCCAGUGGAAACUGACUGCAGGGAAGUUCUACGGGGACGCAGAGGCUGAUAAAGGUCUGCAGACCAGCCAGGAUGCCCGCUUUUACGCCCUGUCUGCUCGCUUUGAGCCCUUCAGUAACGAGGGGAAGCCCCUGGUCAUCCAGUUCACCAUCAAGCACGAGCAGAAGAUCGACUGCGGAGGCGGAUACGUUAAGGUCUUUCCUUCGGACCUGGACCAGAGCAACAUGCACGGAGACUCUCAGUAUUACAUCAUGUUCGGUCCUGACAUCUGUGGAUACAGCACAAAGAAGGUUCAUGUGAUCUUCAACUACAAGGGCCAGAACCACCUCAUCAAGAAGGACAUCAAAUGCAAGGAUGACGAGCUGAGCCACCAGUACACCCUGAUCCUGAAUCCAGACCAGACAUACGAGGUGAAGAUCGACAAUGAGAAGGUGGAGUCUGGCACACUGGAGGACGAUUGGGACAUGCUCCCCCCGAAGAAGAUCAAGGACCCAGAAGCCAAGAAACCCAGUGACUGGGACGACAAGGCCAUGAUCGACGACCCCAGCGACACCAAGCCUGAGGAAUGGGACAAGCCAGAGACCAUCCUCGACCCUGAUGCCAAGAAGCCUGACGACUGGGACGAGGACAUGGACGGAGAGUGGGAACCUCCCAUGAUCACCAACCCAGAGUACAAUGGGGAGUGGAAACCCAAGCAGAUUGCCAACCCAAACUACAAAGGGGCGUGGGUCCACCCUGAGAUCGACAACCCAGAAUACACAGAGGACGCCACAAUAUACAAGUUUGAUAACAUUGGAGUGCUGGGCCUGGACCUGUGGCAGGUUAAAUCCGGCACCAUUUUUGACAACUUUCUGAUCACCGACGAUGUCAAAGAGGCAGAAGAGUUCGGGAAGCAAACAUGGGGAGCUACUAUGGGACCAGAGAAGAAGAUGAAGGAAGAGCAGGAGGACAUGGAGAGGAAACUGAGGGAGGAGGAAGAGAAGGCAAAGAGCACGAGCAAGGAAACUGAGGGUGACGACGACGAGGCUGAAGGAGAGGAGGAGGAGGAAGAAGAAGAAGAAGAUGGUGAUGAUGCGGAGGAAGAGGGCGAGCAGACAGACGAGGACGCUGGGACAGAAGAGGACACCAAGAAGACAGAGUUGAAGACAGAGUUGUAGAAGCGAAGCCGGUUGACUGACUGCUGUGUGCUUCUAAACCAACGACAGGAAAUCUGCAGAAGCCAUGUGAACUCUGGCCUUUAAUACAGCAGCCUUUUAUUCAGGUGUAGGGGGGAGGGAGGGAUGGAUGGAUGGAUGGAAGGUGGGGUCAGGUUAUUUCUUAUGUUAUUGAUUACCUUGGCUUUUCUUUUUAGCUUUCAAAUGAGAUGGGAGAGGGGUUCAUCUGGUGUUUAUUUCCUUCUGUCUGCUAGUGUUUGCAGUGUUCUGAUUUAAUGCAACCCACUGAUCGCUCACAUCCUGCAGAGCCAGUUCAUUGUUAAUAUUGUCUUUGUUGGGAUAUCCAGUAAAUCCAGGGUCUGAUGUCUGGUUCAUGCACUUUUAUUACCCCUUUGAUGUAGGAUCUUUUUAUUUUUAAAUAACACAUUCAUAAUUUAUUCAAUCAUUAUAUUGAUUCCCUGAAAACAUGUCAGUUUCUACAGCUCCUAUUCAGGGAAAAUGUCCGAUGUGCAAUUGUUUGUGAAAGAUUCUGCAUUCAACAAACUGAUCCUUACAAUCUGCAUUUUUCUCAUUGUGAAUGUAUGUUCACAUCCAGUGAAUAAAUUUGAAGCCACUCUACAAGCUGACAUCUCUU